UCUGGGUGGGAGUAUAGGCCAGUGCCAAAUCCAAGUGUUGCUCCCAAUCAUCCUUCACUAUAUUGUUACAAGUCCGGUGCUCGAGAAGGAAAUCACAUAACUGUGCUUGCAGGUUUGCAAAAUCAAUGAAGACUAAUAACACUUUCACCAGUCAGGGAGUGCUAUUCAUAAUCCCAUAUUGAAAGCUGGAAUUCCUGUGAUCACCAAAGUCACACUCAAGAAUUAUCAGCAAGUUUAUAUGUCAUCUUCAUUCUUUGCUUUAGUCCUCUUUGAUACGUAACCUGCGGCUCUCAGAGUCCUUGAGAAAGAACCAACUUUGGAACGGGAUUAUAAGUGUAACGUUGUUGGAAGGGAAGAAUGUCUCAGGAGGAAGCAUGACAGAGAUGUUUGUCCAGUUAAAACUGGGAGAUCAGAGGUGUAAAAGUAAGACACUGUGUAAGAGUGCAAAUCCGCAGUGGCGGGAACAGUUUGACUUUCACUACUUCUCUGACAGGAUGGGCAUUUUGGACAUUGAAGUGUGGGGAAAGGACAGCAGAAAGCACGAGGAGCGUCUGGGCACGUGCAAAGUGGAUAUCGCGGCCCUGCCGCUCAAGCAAGCCAACCGCUUGGAGCUGCCUCUGGAGAGCUGCCUGGGGGCUCUCCUGAUGUUGAUCACACUUACUCCCUGUGCCGGAGUCUCGGUCUCAGAUCUGUGCGUGUGCCCCUUGGCAGACCCCUGCGAAAGAAAGCAGAUUGCCCAGCGAUAUUGCUUACAGAAUUCCCUGAAAGAUAUGAAAGACAUCGGCAUUUUACAAGUGAAGGUUUUAAAGGCAGUAGAUCUCUUAGCAGCAGAUUUCUCAGGAAAGAGUGAUCCUUUUUGCUUGUUGGAGUUAGGCAAUGACCGACUUCAGACACACACCAUUUACAAAAACCUCAACCCCGAGUGGAACAAAGUUUUUACAUUUCCUAUUAAAGAUAUCCAUGAUGUUUUGGAAGUGACAGUGUUUGAUGAAGAUGGAGAUAAACCUCCUGAUUUUCUUGGAAAAGUUGCCAUUCCCUUGCUGUCCAUUCGAGAUGGACAACCAAAUUGCUACGUGUUGAAGAAUAAAGAUUUAGAACAAGCUUUUAAAGGAGCUAUUUACUUGGAGAUGGACCUCAUAUAUAAUCCGGUCAAAGCAAGUAUUAGGACCUUCACUCCCAGAGAAAAGCGCUUUGUUGAAGAUACCCGCAAGCUGUCCAAGAAGAUCUUAUCAAGGGAUAUAGACCGUGUGAAAAGAAUCACCAUGGCAAUGUGGAAUACAAUACAGUUCCUUAAAAGCUGCUUCCAGUGGGAAUCCACGUUGAGAAGUGCUGUUGCAUUCGUGAGCAUUGGAUCCUCAGGUGACCUGGGCCAGAGAAAGGAAGGGCUCCUGUGAUGCCGAAGGCCUGCUUCUUCUCUUCCUUGCUCCGCUGUGGAGAAUGCUGGGACUUGUUCUUGAAGAGAUUGGUAGUGUCACCUGGUUCUCUCCUGGGAUCUACCAAGGACAGGAUGCUGUUACUGGCCCUUAUUCAUUGGUGUGACAAUUUGUUCAUGCUUCUUUCACUUACCUUGGCGUUACGGGCAGAAGAGUUUUGUGGUGGUCUGAAGCAAGGUCUCAGGCCAAGCUUUUACUAAAUAGUAGGACUGCAUUUGAAGGCCUUUUUAUAUUCGAAAGUAGGAUGAGUGGUAUCUGAGGGUUCACUGCACAGAUGGGUAAAGAACCGUUUUUGCUGGGCCAGUUCCCAGUGGGGCUUUGCCUUCCCCUCGAGGUCCAGGAAGUGACUCUAGCACCACAAGCUAAGGGCAAAACUAUAGGAAUUUUUUUUCUUAUGUUUUGUCAGAUAACAUAAAAUAGCCGAUUAACAUCAUGUCAGUGUCUCUGUUUUCAGAGGAGACAAAGCAUGAACAUUGUAGGAUCGUGUUUGGUAUAUUCUGGCUGUUCAAUUUAAGACUUUAUGAAAGCAAAGCAUACGUUUCUAAGGAUUCCUAUGGGUGUGUAUAUGAAUAUAUCAUAGCUUGUUGAAAGCAGCAUUCAAGACAAGUGGCCUAGAAAGAUAGAAGUCCACAUGGUGUCUGGUCAGAAGUGGGUGGACAAACACGGGAAGAUUUAUCUUAUUAGACUGUCCAGGCGUAAACCCUUCCACCCUGGGAUUUAUCCCCUUUCUACUUACCCAGGUGGCUGUAUUCCUAACACUUGGAGAAGAAAGUUGUCAUUAAUCCACUGACACAUGCUAUGUGAAUGUUGCCCACAGCAUUGAAUUCAUUGUUGUAAGAAAUUAAAUUUGGAUUUUUUUUCUGAGUGGUCAAGCCAUUCAUGCGUCUAUAGGCUCAAUUUCUGUUUUGUUGGCAUGACUAUGGAAAAUCUUGCUCAUUUUGUCUCUUGGGUCUUUCUCUUUCCUCCACGUUUUCUAGAUAUUUUACUCUGUUGCAUUUUCUGAGCUUGACUUGUUAUAAAUUAAAUACGUAUAUAUUUUGUUUUUUCUGCUCAAAGAGUCCUAUUCUCAACUUUUCCAAAGGAAAACGAUGUCAGUUUAUUGACAGAGGCACAGGGUAACUAAAAAUGAUGCCUAGAAGAAGCACAUCUGGGUAUUGCCCUGUGAAUGGAUUUGUAAUUACACAUGGUGUUUCAUAGACCUGCACAUGGUCAUUCUCAGACACAGACUUUCACCUCUAGGUGUCUUUAAUAGCUCACGUUUCAGUGCUUACUGUGUGUUGGGCACCGUCCGAAGCAUCUUGCAAAUGUUACCUCAUCUAAUUCUCACCAAUACCUGCUGAUGUAGGUAUCAGUUAUUACCUUCUUUGUACAGAUGAGAAAAAUGAACCCAUAGAGGUUAAAUAGAGUGUCAGAGCUCAUAUGCUUUUAAGAAGCACAGCUGGGAUAUUAACCCAGACCAUCAGGCUUUAGAGUACAUGUGUUUAACCAUUGAGCUGUACUACCUCUCACUGAUGUUCAGAAUUGCAGUGAUUGUGGUCCUGGUAUUUAAAUAGAUGAUAAUGACUGUAGGGACAAUGACAUUAGUCAUUUCAGAUAUGUAUUUAGAUGUAAUGAAUGGGAGUUAAGCCUUUUCCAAGAUGCUUUGGGCGAGGGGGGACCCUCAUCAUUUGGGUGGGAAUAAUUCUUAGUCAUGAUCAUUAUAUUCACAAGAGAUGGAGCCAGAACUAAAGAAGCAUAAGGUGGAAAUGUCUGUACCAUCUCUGGGGAACAGCCCCGACCCUGGGAAUCACAUGCGCAUGACAUCCUUGGAAUCUAGCUUGGUGGUCUGGAAAAUCUCAGUGGCUGGUUCCAGGCUGAGCCCCCAAUUGGAGACUGAGUUAUUUUUACCCACUGUGCAGGGGAAACUCUUAGAUGAUGGAGAAGGGCUUUCAAAGGGAGCAUGAAUGCUGAAAACAAGUACAUGAAAGAGUCAUGGAUGGAAUCUACAGUUUUGCCAGAUUCUUUUUGAGAAUUCCAGGUUGUUCAAAAUAAAGGAUAAGAGUAGAGAUGAGCACAUUUAUCUGUCUAUCUACAUUAAUGCAUUCCUUCAAACAGCUAUCGGAGAGGUAGACCCACAUUUCUAGUGUGUGUGUGGGGAGGGGGCGGUACUCUAUAGUCUCUCCCCAUGUUUCCAGACAAAUACAUUAUUUAAUGAUAGUUACAAUGAAUUGAAUUUGUUCUCAAAAGAUAAUUCUGCAUUGUGAUGUUUAUACUGUGGAACCAAUCAUCUAUGGGGGAUUUUUGUUUGUUUUUCUGUUGGGUACAUGUAUUUUACAAACCCCAAUACUGUCUAUGAAAAGACCUAAUGUUACAUUAUGGCAUAAGUGAAUUAUUUUCAUAUGACAAAAAAGCAUUUACUUGACAGAUGGCAUCAUCAGAAGAUUAUUUUAAAUAACAAAGGUCUCCUAAUGCUGUAAAAAAGGAUUGCAUUUUUUUUUUUCAAUUUUCCACGAGUUUUUCAGGCACACACCUAUUGCUUAAAGGGACGCAAGUCUGUGGGGCAUUGAUGGAUUCCUUGUUUUAUUAAAUUUUUACUUGGACAUUUGAUGUUAAAAAGUAAUCUAAAUCUACCAUAUAUCAGUGGGUAUCUUCAUAAAGCUAUGAUUUUAACAUCUGUGACUUUUUUCCUCAAUUUUUUGAGUGUCAGAAAAUGAAGAAUUUCUUCUUCAGAGUCGACAGGGCCUGCGACAUGAUACAUAAUUUAAAGCAUCAAUCAACCUCUCCUCCAAUAAGGUUAAAAAUACAGUUCCCCACUUUCUUAGUGAAAUCCCAUAUUUCGUAUACAUGGAAUUCUUAGCUUUUAGAGAUCCUGGAAUGUUGAGAAAUGUGAAAUGAUUUCGCAUCGAACUUAUAAACAACAGCAGCAGUAACAGAAUGGGCCCUUCCAACCCACAUGCCACGUGUGUACAAACACACAAACACAGAAACACAGAGAGAGAGACUAAGAGAGCCUAAGAGGCAAAGGUAUUUGGAAAAUACGAAGUUUCUCCAUGAAACAUGGUGUGAAAACAGUUUAGUUAGCAUUUCAUACGCAAUCUUGAGGAUGCUUCUGUCCAUGAUCCAUUCUGUGGUCUAAAGAAUGUUCAGGUUGAAAGUACUUUGCUACAAAUGACUACUAUAAUGGGAAUUUUGUUUUUAAAUCAGACUAUUAAAAUAGUGCUGGUCCA